UCUGCGCGCCGCCCGCCCGGGCCGCGCCGGAUCGCGACGCCCUGCGGCGAGGGCGGGCGGGCGGCGGCGGCGGCGGCGGGGGAAGCCUCAUCCCCGUGCCCGUCCCCAUCCCGGUGCCGGUCCCGCCGCUGACGCAGCACCGCCGAGCCCCGGCCUCGGGCUCCCGCCGCCGCCGGAUCCAGCCCCGCGGGAGCGCGCCCCGGAUUGGACAUUGAUCCUAUGACGCAUGCCCGGAAGAAACAACUUUUCCUUCUGAAGCAUCCAGCUGGUUCUGCUGGCCAGGCUUCGUCCCCCCCAGGCAGCGGGAGGAUGGACAGGACACGGGCAGAGUGCGGCGAGCAGAGGGACGGGGGUGCCACCGAAAGCACCAACGGCCCGAGUGGGUUUGUGGGGACGAACAAAAGCAAGAAUUUGCAGGAAGUCCGCAAGACGUACCCGCUGCGGAGACGCCUGCUCCCUUCGGUGAACAAAAAGACCUGCAAAGUGCUCCUCACCAGGCUGGAGGAUGUGGCCGGAUCUCUGUCAAAGGAGACCCAGAGCUGCAAAAAAAAGGACCUUCCCAGUUGGGUGGAGGGCUUGGGACCUACCUUUUUUGCUGAACAAGUUAAGCCUGUGGGAGCAGGGAAGAGCGAUUCAUCUGGGGAAAAGUGCACAGUAACUUAUCCGGGGACAGACGAAGACCUUGACAGCGCUCCUUCGGAGCCCAGGAAGCGUAGGCUGGCCUCGCUGAACGCGGAGGCUGUGAACAAUCUGCUUUUUGAGCGGGACGAUGGCUUGUUGUCUGGCAGGCGCUUUCGGAGGGAUUCCACCAAAGCCGCUGGAGACUGUACGGUCAAGAGCUUGCAUUGCAAAGCUGGUGACAACUGGUCUGCCUUGGAGAAGACAGCUGUGAAAACAGGUAAAGGCAAAAACCGACACGAGCCCAGUCAGAAAUGCAGUAGCUGUGAGCAUUCGCUGGAUGAGGUCUUUGAUGAUGGGACAAAGAGGGAGGAUGGUACCAUCCCCUAUCAUCCCACCCCAAAGAGACUGGCCAGCCUGAACGCUGUGGCCUUUCUGAAGCUGACCCACGAGAAGGACCAGCCCCUGAAGCAGAGGAGUAAAUCAGACGGGGAGGGCAAGUCCGAGAACCACUGUUCGAAAUCUACGCUCAAGUGGGCCAAAGCCAGUCGGAAGAAUUGCGUCAAGUCUAAAAAGGAAGCAGCGAGCUUAAAAAUGGAAGGCCAGCACGGCUGGCGGGGGCUUACCCUGGGCGCUUUCGGGAAAGCGGAGCAGCGGGACUCCUCUAGGCUCUACAGGACGGCUGAACCUGUCCCUUACGAGUCACUGUCUAGCUCCUAUGCUAGCACAGAGAGUUUCUACCACAGACUGCCUUUGCUCAUGGGUGGACAAGCUUCCAUGAAGCCUGAGUAUGGAAGACCCGGAGAGAAAUCCCCAACUCCCAAGCAGGAAUUUCAUCAGCCUUCCUUUCCCGUGCAGCAGUUCCCUCCCUUGCCCGUUCCCGGGAAUCACACGGAUUGUGGAUGUCUCUAUGAGUCCUCGGAUCUGACUCCGCUGAACGGGUUUUACGUUUGUUAUGGCCAAAGUGGAUACAGUGGCUACUCUCACUGCUCGGUUUACCCCAAGGAUGAGCUUUCGCAGUCUGCGACCUGUGAGGGGCUCUUGGUAUCGCCGGGCUCCUUGCCAUCGGGUGCUCAUUUCCAGCCCCUCCACUGGUGCAACUCCCCGUACUGCUGUGGAGAAGGGACGGCUAUUAACAGCUACAGCGUCUGCGGCGUCGUGCACGUGCCGGAGGGCAGGAUCAGCAGCGUGCACGCGGGACGGAACAGCUACCCCUACAAAAUGCCUUUUGCAGCAGAAGGCUGCAAGUCUCUGGACCAGCUGAACCUCACAAUCCCCGUGGCAGGGCACCCUGCGUCACCUGCCCACCCACUCUCAGGAUGCCCUGUACCCAGCGUGCCGCCAGCUGCAGAACCCGUUCCUCACCUGCAGACCCCCAACUCCGACCCUCAGACCAUGGCCCGGGAAUGUCCGCAGAGCUCGAAGCCCCCCAGUGGCUCCAAAUCCGGCCUCCGAAACACCACGGGCUGCCUCCACGCCUCCGACAGCAAGGCGGCGGGCGGCCACGGCCACCCAAAGCAGCAGCGCAUCAGCCGGCGACGGGCCACCAAUGGCUGGAUACCCGUCGGCACAGCCUGCGAGAAGGCCGUCUAUGUCGUGAAUGAACCUGAGCCAGCUGUUCGCAAGAGCUAUCAGGCUGUGGAGAGAGACGGGGAGAUUAUCCGGGUACGAGACACCGUCCUCUUGAAAUCAGGACCCAGGAAGAAAUCUAUGCCGUACGUUGCGAAGAUAUCAGCUCUGUGGGAAGACCCCAAAACAGGGGAGCUGAUGAUGAGCCUCCUGUGGUAUUACAGACCGGAGCACACUCAGGGAGGCCGUAACCCCAGUAUGCACCAGAAUGAGAUCUUUGCAUCCCGGCAUCAGGACGAAAACAGUGUUGCCUGCAUAGAGGAGAAGUGCUACGUGCUGACCUUUGCAGAGUACUGCAGAUUUUGUGCCUUGGCAAAGCGUCGAGUCGAAGGGAUCCCUGGCAGGAAAACCAUUAUGGUUCCUCCCUCAGAAGAGUACUCCACGCCUCUGCACCGCAAGGUGCCCGAGGACACUGACCCCGAGCUGGUUUUCCUCUGUCGUCACGUCUACGACUUCAGACAUGGGCGCAUCCUGAAGAACCCGCAGUAGUGCAGCCCUGCAGCGGGACCACGGUGAGGGGCGAGCGGCACCGGAGAGCCGACGGCGGGCUGGCAGCCUGGGACAUGCGUGCGCUCGUGGCGACUCACCUCGUGCUGCUUGCAGACGAGAGCGCCCAGCGCUCUUUCCUCGGACUGAACAGCACGCGCAGGAGCAGAUCCCUGCGGAGGAAGGCAGCAGUUGAAAGCACAGCACUUCAUUAAAAGCAUAAAUGAAAAUAUAUACGUAUAAAAUAAAUAUAUGUAUAUAGAUAUAGGUACUUGCAUAUGUAAAUCUAUAUCUAUAUAUGUAUCUAGAGAUGCAUAUAUUGGGAGGGGGUUGUAGGGGAUAAAAGCCAGUAAGCUGAAUCCAGAGCCAUCGUUGGUGGGGACGGUGGGAAGGUGCAGGAGGGAUGCUGUGGUGCGUUGGAUGAAUCAAGCUGUGACAGUUCUGUGGUUUUCGUGCCCUGAUGUGAAGUGGGAGGACUGAGACCGGUUCCUUGGCAGAGCGCAGGAGUCUCCUCUGUCCCACAGGGAAGAGGGAAGAUUCCUGGUGAGCGAGAGCUCCUCCGAAAUACAACAGUUGCUUUUGAAGCUACCUGGACGCAGAGUGGCGUUGUGUCAUGCUUGAAUUGGUUUUGCUCCAUCGGGGGGAAGAGGUAGCCUCCCCCCCCCCCUUUUUUUUCCCCCUCCUAAUCUCUCUCUUCCCCUCACCUUUUUAAGAGUCGUUCUGCGAUUCACCACCCAGACUGAGGCUUGGCAGCCAGGCUAGGAAAUCUGCUCCAGCUCAGAGGCAGAGAGGGAGCCGGUGGGAUUUACCUCCCAGCGUGGCGUUGCAGAGAGCCGUCUCUGUCCUAGAUGCCCUUCCCUGAAGGAUCACGCAUCCCAUAAGGCACGCUGCCAGCAGGCAUGCAUUGCUCUGGAGCUGGGAGCACACAAAGUGGGCUCCGUUGGUGAAAACCACGUUUUCUCCUCUCUUCUGAGUACUGCUCUUGCUCUGAUGGUGCAGAGGGCUGUAGCGAUAGAAGUGGGUUUACUCUUUCUUCCAUGUUGUUCUUCUGUAAUGUCUUUUAACCCCAUGUCUUCAGUGUGAAGCUAGACACCUGGGGGGAGAAAUGGCAAACACACUCUGAGUGGUUUUUGGCUUUUUUUUCUUAGCCCCCCUUUACGUCACUGUCGUAACCCUGGGUGUCCCACUGAAGCCACCAGCAGAGCUGUCUCAGCGCUGCCUUGCAGCUUCCCCUCAUCUCCAAAGUCCUCCUGUCAUCCGAGCGAGCUCACCAAAGUGGCUUUGUGGCUCCUGAAAGGAACUGAGUACUGGGAAGGGCUUGCAUUGACAGAUGCAGCCCGCGCCCCGCAAAUAUUUUUUGCCUCUUGCCUUAUGUGUAUAGAUCCUAGAUAGACUUUAGUUUAUCUUCAACGCAAGCUGUCGGAGUUGAUCCUAAAGCAAACCAAAGGACGGUGAAACAGAGUCCGCUGAGUCAGCCUCGCCAAGCUGGGAAUCCAUGUCGAGAUUGCACUAAUGUAAAUGACGAGGAGCAACGCUGCGUCGGCCACGUGCCUGCUGGCUGGAGCCGCUCACGUGAGCUAGGGAUCUGCAUCUUUCUGCUUUUUUGGGGGGCUUCUGAACUCACGUUAAAUGGUGGAAGUACUGAAACUGCUUUAAUGUCAUCCUGUCGGUGGAAGUGGCGCUACCUGCACUGCCUGCUGCCCUGGUGGGAACGGCAUCGGCUCGCUCCGACGGCUGCGUGCCCGGAAGGAAAACCCCAUGGCAUUGAAUCCGUGACGUGGAAAUAGCUUGUUAACCAGGAGGUCUCCAGAGAUUUGCUCUACAUACCAAAGAGGGGAACGUGUCUAGAAGAAGAUGUAAGAGGAGAUGACAAGAACUGGCACCCACCACGGGGGACAGCAAGGCACGCGUCUCCCUGCUGUUGGUGGACGAUUCCUGCUCAGUGUUGCAGAAGGUGCUGGAAAAGCCUUGUUGUUCUUGCCAUGGGGCAAACAUCCUGCUCUAGGACAUCUGACACUAGGUGCAUAGGCAAGAAUUCACGGGAGAAGCAUCUCAUUGAUACCUCAAGAUACUGUUAGUGUCAAAGCAAUUGCUCAGAUUUCUCCUUAACAAUUAGCUUGGGCACUGGUGGUCUCUUGGAAGGAUGCAUCUGGGCUGUCCAUGCAGCGGUGCGCUGCUGGGAUAGGACUUGGGAGCGCUUCUGGGGCUCUCGAGUGACUGAAAAUGCCACAGGGAGGGGUCAAGGAGGUGUCAGAGAAAGUGUUCCCUGCUGCUGCUGGGGCGGGAGGGUGCUGGAGAAGCAGAGCUGCUCCUGCCCAUCACGACAGAGGGGAUCGUGGCCACCCAGCACACGGGGAACAGAGCAGCUGUGCCCUGGGGCCGUGGUCGCACGGUGCCAGCCGGGGAGGACACGGAGAGCCCUAAACGCACGUGCUGGCCUCGGCAGGGACGCUGCUGCCACCCGUCCCGGAGCAGGCAAGCUGCCUGCGGCCGCCUCCCUCUAGCACAAGUGCCAUUGGACACAGGAUGCUCCAAGACCCACUGCCAGGCCAACCCUGAGCAUUGCUGCACAGUCAGGGAAGGGUUUGAAACCCAGCCUUGGAAACCACAGUAACUCGAUGAAAUUCCUUCUUCUGACCCCUCUCCCCCCCUGCUCCCACCUUUGUCCUGGCUCCUCUCCAGGCAGAAGAGAAGUUGCGCUUGCCCUGGGUUUGGAAGGGGCUCUGCUCCGUGUCCGGAGAGGACAAAUCCUGACUCUUCUCACGUUAGAACCUGCUUCAGGCCAAGAACAUUGUUUGAGAUUCACGUGGUUGCUUAUGCUGUUGUGCAAACAGCAUGUAAAUGAAUCGAAAUGUCUUAUCCAUAAUGAAAAUAUUUCAUGCUUUUUUAAUCUAUUAGAUAUGGAAAUAUUUUUUGAAACUGAAAAUGCAGCCGGUAGAAUUUAAAUUGAAACGUAAUACAUGUAAAAUAUAUUUUAGUUGAUAAUUUUGUAAAAUGCACUUUUUUUGUGUCUCUUCCCUGGUUUCCCAGAUCUGUAUUUCAGUGUUUACAGAUGGAAUGAGAACAUUCCCUAUACCCUCCUUCUGUGAGAAAGAUAUAUUAGAAGUAAUUCUUAAAAAAUAAA